ACCUCUUUUUAUAUGUGUCUUUAUCUGGAUGUCUGUGUCGCGCUGCUGGUGGAGUGUGGGAGCUCGGCGCUCUGUUAGCGCUGUCUGGUGUUUGGGAGCGGAGCAGAGAGAUGGAGCUGUGCGAGAUUUUAUACAACAAAGCGGAGUAUAUAGAAACUGCAUCGGGUAAUAAAGUAAGCAGGCAGUCUGUGCUCUGUGGGAGUCAGAACAUCGUCCUUAAUGGAAAAACAAUUGUGAUGAAUGACUGUAUUAUCAGAGGAGACCUGGCCAAUGUAAGGGUUGGUCGGCACUGUGUUAUUAAGAGCCGGAGUGUUAUCAGACCGCCAUUUAAAAAGUUUAGCAAAGGUGUGGCCUUCUUCCCUCUGCACAUUGGAGAUCAUGUGUUCAUUGAAGAAGACUGUGUGGUCAAUGCAGCUCAGAUUGGAUCAUAUGUUCACAUCGGCAAAAAUUGCGUCAUCGGUCGGCGGUGUGUUCUGAAGGACUGCUGUAAGAUUUUGGAUAACACAGUUCUACCCCCGGAGACGGUGGUCCCCCCGUUUACAGUGUUCUCUGGAUGUCCAGGUCUGUUUUCAGGAGAACUGCCUGAGUGCACGCAGGAGAUGAUGAUCGACGUGACCAAAAGCUACUACCAGAAAUUCCUCCCAUUAUCCCAGAUAUGAUUCCACAUGGACACUGGACUGAUCAUUACUUAUAUACACACAAACAUACUUAUCCAGAGUUUCAGUUUCCAGCUCUGCCUGUCUUUAGUCCGAUCAGAAAACAGCAUUUUUUUAUUUAACUGUUCUAUGUGUAAUCAUCAUCAUACACGCAUAAAUAAUGUACAGGGAGGGGUCUGUUUUUCCUUAGUUCAAUGCUUCACUGUGUUAGCUCUCUCUCUCUCUCUCUCCAUCACCAGACUGAACAUCACAGGACCCAGAAUUUUCCCUGGAGGUGGAAUAUAACUGAUUCCUCUUUUGAAAGUCUGUAUUUAUUAAUUAUCAUGUUUGGAUGUUUAGUUUGUGUAGCACUAACUGGUCCUCUUUGUGGACCUGAACUGUCUUCAUUCUGUAACUUAAGAGGAAAUAAAUCUAAUUAGACUUAACUUUAAGACAAACUACAA